AAUUUGAAACUGGGCGGCGCUCUCGGCUAACUUACAGCUCAGCUGUUGUUAACAUGACACUCACAGCUAAUCGAAUGUAGCUAGAUGAAUAUAUCAUUCAUUCUUAUGUGUAACGAAGAAACUGAUUCAUAAUGGAUCACUUAGGAGAUAAGAGUUUUAAUCUAGACUCCCCGUCUAAACAGAGUUAUGUUGGGAGUUUUUACCAGCCUCCAGAGACACUGUCAAGGCGACUGUACAUGAACACAAUCACAGAUCAACUGGACAGAAAGAGCUCAGGUGUACAUGACAUCAGUCCACAGCUUUAUCAAAGAGUACCUGAUGCUGGAAGUAGAGCAGUGAUAUCAGCCCUGAAAACACUGCAGGAGAAGAUGCGACGCUUGGAGCUGGAGAGAGUUCAGGCAGAGAGGAACAUCCAACAAUUUUCUCAUCUUACUCGAUACCAGGCAGAUGCUUCUGCGCAGAGAGAACCGGAGAACAGCACACGAGAGAAUCACUCCACACAGAGGAAUGGGCUGGUUUCUAAGCUUCAUUCUGCAGAAAAGCGUUGCUCCCAGCUGGAAAAACAGCUCGAUUAUAUGAGGAAAAUGGUGGAGGGUGUAGAGAAAGACAGAAUCACUCACACAGACAGACAGGAAUCUCUUUGCAAGGAGAGCAAACAUACAGACCCACAGAUGCAGGUGCAACUCAAUAAAUUGGAAAGACUGGAAAAUGAGUAUCUCAAACUCACCAGUACACAGUCUGUGGCUGAGAGGAAGAUUGAGCUUUUAGAACAGAAACUUUUAGAGGAGGAACAUGAACGCAAACUUGUGCAGGAGAAAGCAGAGGAGUUGCAGCGAGAGCUUGAAAACAAUCUACUCACCCUGUCUGCUGUGACUCAACCUAAAGGCAAGAAAAAGAAAGGCAAGGCCUCCUGCAAGAAGGUGGAAACUGCCCACGCUCCUAAAGCUAAACACCUCCCAUUUGUGGCUGGAACAUCGACCAGUCCCAGCCACUCAGUCAAUGCCAAUGUUCAGAGUGUGCUGCAUAUGAUGAAGCACAGAAACCCACGCCUGUGUGAGAGAAUGAGCGCUCUGAGUAAGUCAGGUUCUGAGAACCAACGGGUCCAUCGCAGGCCUCCGUCCUCCCCCAGCAAGGAAACUUCCACAAUGGGCAGCCUAUCUGAACUUCUGCUCGCCCUUCAGGAUGAACUGGGACAGAUGAGCUUUGAACACCAGGAACUGGUCAAACAGAUAGACGAGACCAUUCAACGAGAGCUUCGUGACGAUCUGGAACGAGAGCUGGACUGUCUGGUCAAAAGAAUGGAGGAGAAAGCCGCUCAAAUCACCCAACUGCGCAAACAUCAGCAAACAGUUCAGAAACUCUCCCAGCCGUCCUGUAGCCCCAAGCAGAAGCAGCAGAAGCCACAUCCGACUGCCAGUAUAGAGGGAAAAACUAGGGCGCAGAGUGGUGUACAACCAUUGCCACCAUCUCCUGUCAAAGCCUCACCCAGCACGGGUCAGAAACAGAGCAGGAGCAGUCAUGAGUCCCUGAAGCUCCUCAGAGAGACACAGAAACUGUGUUCUAGCCUCCGCAGACAAGACAUCACAUGGGAGACAUAGUUAUAUUAUCCUGAAACACACAUCAAGGGCAUAGGAGAGUCAUCGCUGUUCAAGAGGACACUGGAAUGAUGCCCUAUCACAAAACACUGAUUCAUCAGCUUUCCAUGACUUUAAUGAGCUUAAUUGAUUUUUAUUUCGGUUUUGUUUGAACAAGUUGUAAAUAAAAUAUCUAUGUAUGUUUUAAAGUGCAGAGACCAACUUGGCUUUUUAAUCUGCAGUUUAUUUGCAAGCUGAUCUCAGAUCACUUUUCCAUUUGAUUUCUUACGGAUAAAAUUAAAUCCCACCCUACAUUUACUGGUUCGGUAUGCGGUUUCACCCAGAAAAAAGACACAAAAUAACAAUAAUAAUAGAUUUAAAUUAACACUUAUUUUACACAAUCAGUUGAAAUGUCAAGGAGGCUUUUUAUUUAUUUCACCCAAUCACAGUAUGAGAAAAUAACACCGGGAAAGAUAGGUCACAAGGGAAAAACGAGCAUCCUUGCAGCAUCAGCUCUUUCUUAUGAGAUUUACAGUCAGCUGACACAUUGUUUCCUCCACUGUUUCCACAACAAAAUCAUCCCAUUCUCUGACAUAUCUUAUUACAAACCACGCUGUUCACCUUGAGAAACCACAGAUGUGGAAAAAA